AUGACCAGUGAUCUAAAGUCCUGCGAAGAUAUUCUCAACAAAUUAAAGAGACACUCCAAGGCCACGCCGUUUUUAGAACCGGUUGACUAUGUGGCACUAAAAAUACCGGACUAUCCGGAAAAAAUAAAAACGCCCAUGGACCUUAAAACAGUCUCGCAAAAAAUGAAAGAUUACACCUCACAAACUGAGUUUGUUAACGAUGUUAAGCUGAUAUUUAGCAACUGCUAUCUCUACAAUGGUGAAGAAUCACCUAUAUCGAAGAUGGCACACGAACUUGAUACCUAUUUUGACAGUCUUUUAGGUAAAAGCCUGAAGAAUAACGUGGACCUGGAGGUGUGCACGAAUGUGCUCAACGAGUUGCUCAAAACAAAACACAAGAAGAUUAAUUGGCCGUUCUUAGAACCGGUGGAUAUCAAGCUUGUGCCAAACUAUUUGAGCGUAAUAGAAAAUCCCAUUGACCUGAGCACAAUAAAACGGAAGCUUCCGUUUUAUGAAAACCGCAUCGAAUUUUUUGCUGAUCUUCUCCUCAUGGUCAACAACUGCUACAAGUUCAACGCCAAAGGAACUGAUAUUUACAGCUGUGGCGAAGAAAUGGAGAAGCUUAUAGACAGGAACUGCGGUUUUCUGAACGAAAAGGACCUUAUAAACAACAUAUCGCAAUUAAAGUUGCAAAUGGCUACGCUCUCGAGUACGAUGUCGCUUUAUGAGGAUGUGCUUUUUCACGUGAGAAAGAAAGAAGGAAAAAGAAAAAUAUUCUCGCUUGAUGAGCGCAUUCGCAUUGCAGACAUCGUAUCCAAACUUGAUGAGGAGCGAUGCGUUAAAAUAGCGCUUAUCAUAAAGAAGAACGAUCAAAACUUUUCCAUCGCAGGCAAAGAAGAGGUUGAGGUUGAUUUUAAGAUAUUGCCAGAUUUUAUUGUCGAGGAAAUUGACACGUUUCUGAAGAAGGAGAACGUUAAUAUUGAGCAGAGUAGCGAAUGUUGAUUAAAAGAUUAUUACAGGAAAUGCGUUGUUGUGCCGUUGAAAGUAGUAGUUAGGUCUUUUUAAGGGUUCCGUAUGGAGCGAAGCAGUUCUGUGAGCAACCAAAAAUUU